GGUUUCUUUUUGCCUUUUUCGAAGUCCGAAUUUACUUACAUCUAUCCUCAAUCAACAACCAAGAUGUCGUCUGUCAACCCUGUUAAUCCCAAGCCUUUCAUGCAGGAGCUUACCGGAAAGCCGGUAUUCGUAAAGCUAAAAUGGGGGCUUGAGUACAAAGGAUUCCUUGUCAGUACGGAUGGGUAUAUGAACCUCCAGCUGGCUAACACGGAAGAAUUUCAAGACGGGAAAUCAAAUGGUGCUCUGGGCGAAGUCUUCAUCAGGUGUAACAAUGUACUGUACAUCAUGAGUAUCAUUUCUUCUAUUCUAGUUUUCUAUACUUACAUGUUUCGCGACUUUACAGGGAAGCUCCUCCAGAAUGAUCAAUCAUGCAACGUUCGCUCAAAAUAUAUUUUCCGACGGCUUCAGGCCAUUACUCUUGUUGUACCAUAGGACUUUCGAGAGUUUACUCGAUCGGAGUGGUUUGUAUAGUGCUUGCAUGAUUUAUCGCGAUGCGUCAAAAACUUAGAUGAUCGUUCUUCCUUGAACCUGCACUUGCAAUGGAGGGCGUCUAGACUUGAAAGACGAUCUUGCAUCAUAAUAUGACUAAUUACCUGCAGUGUUGGGGAAUUGCGCUCAAUUUUCAGACUGUCAGUGGCAGCGGUGACGGCUGAUCCAGGUACUUUCUACGCUGGCAGUCAUUCUUCAAAGGCGGCGCGAGUUGAUGAACACGUUAUCUUCGGACCGUCCGAUUUUUGGCAUGAGUUUGGUACCCCACAACGAAAGAUGUAAUGCACGGCCACUAUCUAACGGAUAUAAUGGUUUGAAGCAGCUGCUUUGACGGUUUUUGCAAGUUCUCGAACUCAGAGAGAACUUCAGAUAUGAUUCCAUGUGUC